UUAUCUUCCUCGUUACUUUUCUCUGCAAAUUCUCUCCCAAACCUUGCAAUCGAUUUUCUCCUUAACCUUCCCAUACUAUGGAUCAUCCGAAAGAAGGUUCCGGGGAAUCCGGGAUGCCUCCCUCUGCUUCUGGAGCUAAACUACUGAAAGUUAAGCAAGAAGUCGGAGCCAAGAUGAGGAAGGGGAAAAAGACAGCCAGGGAGGCAAUCGCGACCAGAGUUUCUAAACGGAAGAAGAAAGACGAUUCUAGUGGGAGCAGUCCUCACUCGCCUUCGUUGCUGAAAAAUCAAGACGUGGUUAACCUCAUGGUUCAAGCUCUCGGCCAAAAGGAGCUUGGCCGUGCCUGUAAUUCCGACGAAACCCCCGAGACCGCUCCGGAGGGUUGGUUCUGUUGCCAUGAGAAGUACAUCUCCAAGUCUCACUUGAGAUUUCCUCUUCCGACCCUACUGCUUGAUCUACUAGAUCAUUAUCAGUUAGCCCUUUCCCAACUCUGUCCCUCGGUUAUCCGGGUGAUAAACGGCUUUAUCACUAGGUCCAAAGAGGAGGGGGUUAGCGUCGGUCUUACCGAACUUAUGAGCCUCUUUUCCCUGAAGGAAAGCGCCUCUAAGGAGGGUGGUACCGGGACCUACUACCUCCCUAGUCGUCCCAAUCAUGUUAUCUUCAGAUUCUCUAGUAGUGAUGAUGACUGGAGGAAGAAGUAUUUUUACGUUAAAGUUGAUCCUUCGACGGUUCCUGUGGGUCGGAACCUUAGGGUCACUUGGACUAAUCCAUCUGGUUAGGAAUUCUAGGGAUAUGCUUUUUCCGUUUUAUUCAUUUAUGGCCGAGUAACCUUUUUGCUCUGAUUUACUUGCAGAAAUCGAAGAUCCUCCGAAGCUCUCUACCAAGCUCACCAGGGCUCUAUACCGCAAGUUGCAGCAGAGUCCCUGUACCUGGGUAGCCUACACCACUUCUCGAAUAAGUGCAGCCAGAUUCCCAGAUACCUACAACGCCUCUUUCCAAGAUCCCAUUCCUGCUGAGAACCUUGAGAUUUCGGCAGGCGAUUCAGUUGUAUCGAUCUCAACUGGUGCUAGUGCUUCGGGAACUGAAAAGUCUCAGCCAGGUGACAUGACUCUGCGACCAUCAUUCCGUUCUAGGGGUAACCCCUCUAAAGCUGCCAGUGCUUCUCGUGGAAGCGACAGGAACCAAGGAGGAUCGUUCCUUAUCUCAAUGAAGGAAGUUUUGGACGACGGAGGAUCCAAACCUGUUGUCGAGACUACUCCAACUGAGGUUGUAGCUCAGGAUGCUGCUCCUCUCCCUGAGGUCCAGGUGCCGGAGGCUGACUACCAGGCUCCGAAGGGUACCUCUGAGGUCGAGCCGUCGAGACACAAGAGGCCCAGGACCGAUCAGGGCGGAGCUCCCACCCGUUCUUCUUCCUCGUCCUCUAGAGGAGGGACUGUUGGGUGGAGCUUUACCCAUUCGAAGCCUGGGUCGAUCCUGGACGACUCUUGGGGCCUAGCUGCGAUAAUGAGGCACCUGAAGAGCGUGGGAUGUCCCCUUCCAGCGCUCAAGGACCUGACUAACCGAGAUGAGUAUCUCGAUAUUGCCCACUGUAUGGGUCAGUUGGCUGGGGCUGUUAACAGGGCCCAGCUCAGGUUUGAGAAUGCUCUGUGUGCUGCCCCCAAUGCUGGUGAACUUGCUGAGGUUACCGAGAUGGUUAAGGCAGCCAAAGCCGAUCUUGACCAAGCCCGGGUUCGAAUUUCUGAACUCGAAGCCGAAGUGACGAGGCUAGGCUCGAAGGCCGAUGCUCAGCAAGGAGAGAUCGAGAGUCAAAAGCUCGAUAUCCAGGUGAAGAGCAGGAGGAUCAAUGAUUUGGAGGCUGCUCGAAAGAUAGCUGAGCAUCAAGUACGUGAGCUCAUUGCCUCAUCCCAGGAUAGCCAGAAGAACAAGGAAGCUGAAGUCAAGCUGGCUGUCAGGGAAGGGAAGAAAGAAGUCGCCGAAGCUUACGGCAAGAUCCUGGUCUGUGUUAAGGAGAAGUUUGCUAGGAAGAAAGAUGAGGUCAACGCCUUGGUGUACGCUCAGGAGCUCCAAGCUAAUGCCGACCUCUUGAAGGAUAUGCUGAACAACAAGAUCCAAAGCGUUGAAGAGGAGUACAACCAAUUGGUGGCCUUAUUACCAGAAGCGACAACUGCGUAUGAGAAGGCUCAAGUCUCUGACUUCUCGGUCAGCAAGCUUCCUCUUCCCCAGAUCUCGGAGAGUUCAGCUCCAGUCGAGGCAGCAAUAGGAGGUGAUGGCAAUGUGGUCGAUGAGGGAGUUCCUGCCGGUGCUGGUGAUCCGAUUCAGGAAGAGAAGGAAGAUUGAGAGCUACGGCUCUUUUAGCUUUAUGUUUUGUGUUUUUAAGACUUCGGCCUAAGGGCUUUGUUUCGUUAUGCAUUAUGACUUAGUGCCUGAGGAGGCCUUUAAACCUUAACACUUGCUGGAUUUCAAUAGCCUGGGGAGGCUUUUAAACCCUUUCUUAUGUUUAAAUCGUGGCUAUUAUUUCUGUUUUAA